CUUGAAUUUACGAGAAGGUGAUACUCGAUCCACCCGAUGACGACAGUGUAACGAGAGCACAAUGGUAAUCACAUAAGACUUGCCCAAUCUCUCCUUCUGGUGUUUGGAUAACCCACACACACAGACUUGUCGAAUCUCUCACACAUGUACUGUUCGACCAACUCUCCAGUUGCACUGGCAGGCGACCACAGUCAAGCCUUGAAGAGCAUAAGGGACGAGAUCAAAGAAUGUCCUCUACCUGAUCCAAAAAGGCACCUACGCUCGACAUCGGUAUAUUCACCCAUGAUAUCGACCAGAGUUGACGCUAGCUCCGAGACGGGACCAGACGACACUUUAUCUUGGGUCAAGGCAAAUCCGACGGUAUCAACUCUCGAGCCGCUUGAAGAACACAAGAAUCACAUCUGGCAGCCUACCAACCAAGCUGGUCAUCAGGAAAGGGAGUCUGAUAUUGACAGUGAUGUCGACGUCUCGAAACUGUCUCUAACCCCGAAGCCAGAGAGGAGCUCAGAUCACUGCUACGUAUGUUGCUCGAACUGCAGCUGUAUAUCCCUGAUCAUUGUUUCGAAUGGGCAAGGCUGUUUGAGUGAUGUCUGCACAGAUUGUGGCGCUUGUGGCGUGCAACAAAGCUCAGAGCUGUAAAUCAUUUCGGUUUUUUUUUUGGCUGGAGAAGACUGAAUUGUCCUUUUUGUCAAGAGAAAUAUCCGAGGUGUCUUUUCGACUUACUAUGCAACUGUUCAGAA